AUGGCUCCGGGGGCUGCCGGGGGAGGGGGAGGGCGGUGCGGGGCGGUGCGGGGCGGUGCGGCGCUCGGCUCUUUGCAGACGCUCCCUGAGCCUCCCCCGCUCGGCUGGGCUCGGCUGGGCUGGGCUGGGCUCCGGGGCUGCAGCGGCGCAGGCUCCCGGGCCGGGCCGGCCCCGCCGGGGAGGCCGGGGCCAGCAGGACCGGCACCAGCUCCGGGAGCAGAUCCGGACGGACGGAACCGGCAUGGCUCCCGGGGCGGGAGGAGUGGAGCCCUCCCUGCCGGGGCACCGUGGGGGCACCGGAUGUUCCGCCCCCUCCGCACUGUGCCACCGAUGACUCCCGGCCUUCAGCACCCACCUGCCAACUCCACCGUGGUUCAGGGAGUGUACAAUCUCGAAUUUGCUGAUGGCGAUGGAAGAAAGAGAGCGAUGGACUUGAGUUCGUGUUUAAGAAGAUGUAAAGUGCCACGGUGAAACAAAGAUGUCGAGUCCCUCUAAACUCUAAGCACGCUGUGGACGGGGAAUGCAUCCACCAACCUGUCGUACGCUCCAAGACCU